AGCUGAUUGUUCUAAAUGUCUUGCACCUAUCCGCGCCUCUCCUUUUGGGUAUGGUUAAUAAUCUAGUUGCAAAAAGACAAUUACGCCAUUAAAUAACUAUAGUUCCUUUACAUUUAACACUAUUGUUAUCCGUUUCGUUGGAUGUUUUAAUGUCUUCACUUGCUUAUCAUUAUUUAACGUAAUUGUAGUAAAGAUUCAACUGAUUAAAUACCUAGGUACUCAUAAUUUUGACAAAAGUAAUGGGGAAAUACCCGUAGGUGGAACAUGCUGAUUCGAACGUCUAGUGCUCGAAGAUUCAGUCGACAAGCAGUCCAGUUACUUCACCCAGAAAAGCAUCAAUAUGCCGAAGAAACAACAUUCGAACUGCCAUUGUCCGGAAAUUUUGAAAAGGAUUUCAGGAAGAACCAUAUAAAUAUUUCGUUUUUUCAAAAAACCCUUCUCACAGUGGGUUCUGCUGCCAUAACCAUUUUAGAUCCAUUCAGAGCUGAUAUGUUGUCUUGCUUGGGUGAAACUACUGGAAAAGAUGCUGCGGCAUACGUAUUUCAUAAAAUGAUUGAAUCGGAAGAAGGAUCCCGGAUUCUUAGCGAGCAGCCUCGAAUUAAUUCUAAUACAGUAGAUUUGGAAAGUUUAAAGAAAUAUCCCGAAGGAACUGUCGGUAAAGUUUAUAGCAACUGGUUAAAGGAUAAUAAUGUGAGUCCGAACUCGAGGCUUCCCGUGCGGUUCAUGGAUGACGUAAAGUUAGCAUAUGUCAUGCAGAGAUACAGAGAAGUACAUGACUUAACACACGCCAUCCUAAGUAUGCCGACCCAUAUGCUAGGAGAAGUGGCCAUCAAAUGGGUUGAAGCGAUUCAAACAAAAUUACCAAUGUGUAUCGCUGGUGCUAUCUUUGGACCAGUCAGAUUAAGACCAAAACAAAGAAAAAACUACAUCGAAAUUUACUUGCCAUGGGCAAUACAGACGGGUUUGGAAAGCAAAUUUCUAAUGAACAUUUACUACGAAAAACGUUGGGAUCAACCACUUGCUGAUUUGCAUCAAGAAAUGAACAUUAAGCCAUUAGUUUUGUCAAAUGGUGACAAAUAAAAUAAUAUUGUAGCUAACCUACACACAACAUUAAAAUAUAAUCGGAACUGACUGAUUUAUUGUUUCAUAUUGUUUAAUAUUUACUGUGUAACAAUUUCAAAUUGUGAUUGUAGAAAAGAGUGACGAAUAAAGAGAAUAAAAUAAAAUACUACAUUUAACA